AUGUUGAUUGCAUUUGCUAUUAUCAAUCUUAUGUUGGUUGCAGUUUUAGUUGGAAAUAUAAACUACCAUCUGAAAUCUGUAAUAUUGGCGAUGUAUUUCGACGUCGACGAUGAUGAUGGAUUAUUCAACCGCGAAGUAUAUCACGUUGUUCAUCAGGAACUUUAUGCAAUAAAUUCUAAUCUCGAUCUAACAGCCUUUGGUGUAAGAAAUGUUCCGACUCACACUGAAGAUGGAAUACCCAUCAGAAAACUAUACGUUUCCAAUUUGCCACCGAAGACAACUCGAACGGAGCUCUUCGGAGUGUUUGCUCAGUAUGGGUUUAUCAAGAGCUGUUGGUUGAGAAUGGGGGACAAAGGACCAAACACUACUCCAACACCUACUUAUGCAUUUGUCACAUUUAGUAAUGCAGCAGAUGCACACAAAGCACUACGAGCGCCUAUUCAUGAGAAGACAUUAAGAGGCAGAAAUCUCAGAAUAUCUCCAGCUGAUAGUUGGCACCAACCUGCUGAAGAUGUGGAUGGGAGAGUACUCUGGAAACCAAACCGCAGGGAGGAGAAUACAUUAUGGAAUAGUGAUCAGCAAAACGGUACAGCUGAAACAUCAGAACAGGUCGAAGAAAACGAAGCAAAUAAUGAAGGGAGUAAUGUUGAGGAAGAUGAUAUAGGCAAUACAUACAAUAUAUUGGAUAUUCUGAAUAGAGAUUGCUUGACGCACAUACUUACAUAUGUUCCUAUUAGAGAUCUUAUACAGUCCGAGAGAGUCAGUAAAAGAUGGCAGGCCAUGGUACAAGAAUAUUUACAGGGUGUACGUAUGUUCAAGACGUCGUGGUGGCAGCACGUGCCGGUCACGUUGACUACUGCUGUCCUCCGGCGUGUGCUGGCUCGUCUAGGCGGCGCGUUGCUCCGACUACAUAUAGACCACCACUGGUCAGCACUUAAUGACCGCACCGCGCACACUGUUGGGAAAUUCUGUCCGCAUCUUGAGGAACUUAAGGUCGUUGGAAUGCAUACGAAAAAUUGGAAUCCACUUAUCUAUGGAUGUAAACAGCUAAAAAGCCUUUCUUUUGUUUCAUGCAACAAGCUAACGGAUUCGAGUUUGGUGCAUCUGGUGAAGAAUGACUCUUGUAUAGAGAGUCUGACGGUCGCCAAUAACACACAUGUGACUGGCUUAUUCCUGACCGGUUCAAAUCCAUCCAGAUUAUCAUCUCUAUCGUUCUACAACUGCUACAGCCUUCAAGGAACUGUUCUCAGCGCAGCUAUAGAUACUCUGCCAAGCCUAACGACAUUAAAGUUAGACGUAUGUCCUGUGACUAUGUGGAAAAUCAUACCGCUAAUACUGAGUAAACUGCCCAAAUUAGAAGAACUAUCUCUCAGCGAGUAUACUUCAGUGGAGCUGUGUCUCGCUCCGCUGGGAGUGGAUGCCUUCUGUAAAUCAAUGUCCGGCCUCAAGGAAUUGAAAGUGUUGAAUCUGAGCAGAAACAUUUAUAUAACUAACGCGGUCCUCAAGACGGUCGCUCAGUCGUGUCCCAAGUUGGAAUCCUUGAACAUAUCCGGCUGUAACUCAAGGAAGAGCUUUCCCCAUCCAGGUGUAGGUGAUGAAGGUCUAAUAGCUAUCGGUUCGUGUUCAUCUUUGACCCGCUUGGACGUGUCCUACCUCGCGACGUUGACUGACUCAGGGCUGUCAACAGUGGCCUUACUGCCUCGACUCACUACACUCAUAUCACGCGGGAACUACGCGCUCUCCGCCGCACCAUUUGUGGCAGCCCUGGCCGCCUGCCCCGUACUACAGGAGAUAGAUGCUUGUGGGUGUGACGGUGUGUCGGAGGAGGUUGUGUGUGCGGCCGUCGCUGCUCUCACACAGAGACCCAGGCCACUCGUACUGAGGCUGGCGGCUACUGGCGCCGCACUAGCUGACGCUGACAGACAGCAAGAAUUGGAGAGUCACAGGUUGCUGACGGUGAACCUGUACGAGGACCGCAGCAACCCUCACCUGAGGGCGGACUUCGUGGACCGCAUCUUCGAGGAGAGUCCCGACGGGUCCUUCGACCUCUACGACCCGGACGACUUCGACGACCUGCUCGGUGAAGGUAAUGAACACACUAAUAAAGACUAA